GUGCAGUAAGACAUCAUGGAGUUCAGAGCUCUCUGUGUCAGCAUGUUGACGGCUGUGAUGAUCCUGCUGUGUGCACAUGAUCAGAAAGCUGAUGCCGUUUCUCUUCAUGUCGUUCCAAACAGAUCACAGUUCUUUGAAUAUGAGUCGGUAACUUUUCACUGUAAAGAGGUCUCUGACUAUAAUGUUGUACAUAAGUAUAAAUCAUGUCGCAAAGGUUAUGUGAAAACAGCAACAGGAUCCUCCUGCACUAUAAGAAAUGUUUAUCCAGAGGACAGUGGAGAGUACUGGUGUGAGACUGGAGGAGGGAAGAGAAGCAACAGCAUCAACAUCAGUGUCACUGCUGGUUCUGUGAUCCUGGAGAGUCCUGCUGUUCCUGUGUUGGAGGGAGAAGCUGUGACUCUGCGCUGCAGAAACAAAACAACUUCCUCCAACUUCACAGCUGAUUUCUAUAAAGAUGGACUCCACAUCAGCAGCAGCUCCACAGGAAGCAUGAGCAUCCACAGAGCUUCCAGGCUUCAUGAAGGAGUUUAUAAAUGCAACAUUUCAGGAGCUGGAGAAUCACCAGAGAGCUGGCUGAAUGUUACAGUAGAUUCAGUAACUGAUUCAGGCAGUAAUGAAGAGGAAAGUCAUCCACCCUCUGAUGCCACACCUUGGAUUAUUGUCACUGCUUUAUUGAGUGCUGUGUUGGUGAUUUGGGGACUGCAUCAUUUUGGCAAAGGCUACUGGGACAGAGCACUGCUCUGUCUGUCAGCAAAGAUGCAAACUUCAGGAUCAGCAGCUGAUCAAACAGAGGCCAAUGCAGCAGAUGCAGGAAAUGAAACACAUGCUGCUGUAACAAAAAACAGGAAGACAGAUGACGAUGGAUUGUCGUCUAAACCCAUUUACUCCCUCUUAGGCCCGGGUGACACUCAAAUAGAAGACCUGGAAAGAUCCACCAGCACUCGUGUAUCUUCAUCAGGUCUCUACCAUCUUGUGGCAGAGGAUCCCUUCUAUUCUACAAUACAGAGAGCUGAAUGAAGACCUGCUCACAUCUGAGUGAAAACAAGGAUGUAACAGAGGUUACUUCAGAUGGGUUUGGUGUGCAUGAAUAUAAAUUGUUACAGCUUUUGUAGACUCAGCCACCUACAGUUCUACCCACGUGUUUUCAAAUGCUGCCACAAGCACAUGUCUGUUAUUUACAGCUUGAACUUAAACCAACUUGUU